UCGAUUGGCUCUGAUCGGGGUGGCGUUGGGUUCGUGCAGGGGAGGGCGGGCGGCCUUGGAAUCGAGACGCGACGGCGGGCGCCAUGAACGCGAGGGGCUACCGAAGCACCAGAACUGCCCUGUUCGAUGGCAUUGAAGAAGGUGGAGUCCGUGCGUCGGCUUACUCUUCACAUGAGAUAGAUGAGCAUGAGAAUGAGCGAGCUAUUGAUGGAUUGCAAGAUCGAGUUAGCAUUCUGAAGCGGUUGUCAGGUGAUAUCAAUGAAGAGGUCGAGGCUCACAACCGUAUGCUGGACAGAAUGGGAAAUGACAUGGAUGCUUCAAGGGGUUAUCUCUCUGGAACAGUGGACAAAUUCAAGACGGUUUUCGAGACCAAAUCAAGCAGAAGAAUGGGAACCCUCAUAGCAUCAUUCGUCGCGCUUUUUAUGCUUGUAUACUACCUGACCAGGUAGACGGAUCCUUGGGUUGGAUCCUACCUGAAGCUAUGCGUGGACUCGAGGUGCUCAAGAACAUGCUGAAAAUGGUUGCGCCAGUCUAUCUACAAUGUCGUACAUACUUAGUUCUCCCAGUCGUCGUAAAGCAAACUAUGUUGAUCUUGAGUGUUCGCUAAUUCUGCACCGUGUACGAAUUGCAACCCUUUCUUUAUUUUUGGUCUUUCUGUGCAAUUACAGAAUAUGGAUUCAACUCUGGUGUCUAUUUCAACUGUCAUGCUAUAUGUAUGAUAACUACUAGUACUUGGAAUGCUUACUACUA